GUAUUAUUCUUGAUAAUCCUCUCUCUUUUGUACUUAUCCUAAUAAUCUCUUCUCUCCUCUUUUUCCGGAACUGGCUAACUCUCAGAAAACUCUGGAAGAAACCAGAAACAAAGGGGUGGUGCUCGCCCUAUAUGAAGCUUUGAGCUCACGUGACGUUGACAAGGUCCAGAAACUUCUGGCCUCUGAUCUAGAGUGGUGGUUCCAUGGUCCACCCUCCCACCAAUUUUUGAUGCGAAUUCUCACUGGCACUGCCAGUUUGGACCAUCAACUUUUUCAAUUCAUUCCUCAAAGCAUUGAAGCCUUCGGGUCCACUGUCCUUGUUGAAGGCUGUGAACCUGGUCGCUCUAUUACUUGGGUUCACGCUUGGACUGUUACUGAUGGCAGCGAUGGGAUAAUUACUCAGGUCAGGGAGUAUUUCAACACCUCUCUAACCGUCACCCGGCUCGACAAUAAUAAUAAUAAUAAUACUAAUAGUCCAUCCUCGGAUUUCUCUUCCAUCGCCACUUCAAGCAAUUGUCCCUCUCUUUGGGAAAGCAGUGUCCCCAAUAAGUUUGUUCCAGGUCUUGUCCUGGCUCUCUGAGUUUGGGUUUGAUCCGAUUAUUGUUGAUGGGCUGAAAUCGCAGGUGUUAAAUCUUGUGUCCGGGAGGAUGUAAGUUUUAACGGUUGGUUUGGGGCUUUUUGUUUUUAUUUUAUCUGCAAUUUUAAUUUGCUUGGAGUUGUUUAAUUAAAAGUAGGGAAAAUGGGGUUUUGGUGGAGUUGGGAAAGUACCACCAUGAAUGGAAGACCCUUGUACUGCUUAUGCUAUUUUGAUAAAUUAUGUGGUAUGGCGUGUUUGGUUUGCAGUAAAAGCACUUCUUCUUCGUUUGUUAA